UAAUUUAGAUAAAACUUGUGAUAAUGAUUUAGACAUAUCUUUUAAUAGUGAUUCAGGCAUAUCUUGCAACAGUGAUUCAGAUAUAUCUUGUAACAAUAAUUUAGGCAUAUCUUGCAAUAGUGGUUUAGAUAUAUCUUGUGAAAGUAGUUCAGAUAUGAUUACUGAAAUAUAUUUUUCUUAG